AUGGGAGAGAUGUUAGGUAGAAGUAAUCUUAUUGAUGAUAUUGAUUUGAAUGCGUUGAUUGUUGAAGAUUACAGUUCAUCAACUCCUGUUGAAUGUAAUCUCCCUAAUGGUGUUGAAUCGGAUUCACUAGUUGUAUGUAAUGCUAGUUCUUCCUGUUUUGAUGGUGAUCACGAUGACAUUCGAGAUGGCUGUAAUCCAUCUGCUGGAGGUGGUGGUACUUCUACAGAUGCCAAUGAGGAUGAUUCAUCUAUUCCAGCUAAUCAAGAAUUGGUGGGACAUUCUGUUUAUUCUCUUGAAGAAGCAUUUGAUAUGUAUAAUGAUCUUGCAUCUCGGAUGGGAUUUAGUGUUAGGAAGGGUAAACAGUACUACUUCCCUGGAACUCGGAAUGUGAAGUCGAAAAAGUUCCAUUGUUAUAAGGCUGGGUUGAAAGCAAAACAAGCGAGUGCUAAUAAGUGUUAUACAAAGAUAGAUACUCGGACUGGAUGUGAUGCAAUGUGUCAAUUUGACUUAGAUUCAAGUGGGAAGUGGGUAGUUACAAAACAUGUAAAGGAGCACAACCAUGAGUUGUGUCCGGCAUCUGCAAGCUAUAUGCUUAGGUCGCAUAGGAACGUUUCUGUUGAUCAGUUGACAUACCUUAAAGAUAUGAAGAGGAGUGGAGUCCCAUUAUCUGAUGGUAUUCGGUUUUUAAAACAUCAGUCUGGAGGUUCACCAUUUGUUGGAUUUACUGCCAGGGAUGCUUAUAACACAAUGUUGUUAGAUUCGGCGAAGCAUUUAGAUGGGACUGACUCUAACACUUUGAUUGAGAUUUUUCGGAAGAGACAAUUGAAUGAGUCUGGUUUCUUUUUUGAUUUCGAAGUUGAUGAUGAUGCUAGGUUGUGUAGUUUUUUUUGGAGGGAUGUGCAAAUGAAGUCGGAUUAUUUGUUGUUUGGUGAUUUGGUGUCAAUGGAUGGUAGGCAGCCACAAACAAUAAUGACUGAUCAGUGUUCUGCCAUGGCUGCUGCAAUCAUGCAAUUGGAAUGA